AUGGCUAAAAUUGUGGGUCUUGUUUAUGCCUUUCUUAUCAUCUUUGUCAUGGAUUUUGCGUUACAGGUUGCCUAUGCGGGUGGAGAAGGAUCACUUCGUCCGAAAGAAUGCGGGAAUGCGUGUGCUUAUCGUUGUUCAAAGACUCAUCACAAGAAGCCAUGUUUGUUUUUCUGCAACAAGUGCUGCCAGAAAUGUUUGUGUGUCCCAUCGGGAACCUAUGCUCACAAGGAUGAAUGUCCUUGCUAUAACAACUGGCAAACCAAGGAAGGAAAGCCCAAGUGUCCUUAA